AUGAUUCUCCUUUACUCCCAUCUCUUUUGCCCAAACACUCGCCACUCUCGAUCUCGUUCGUUUGGCCUUCUUCCGCUGCGGCCAUGCACUCGGACACAGGGUCCUCCUGGCGACAGUGGACUCCAGGGCGGACCGGGCGCUGCCGGCCUGAAAGGGCCUCCGGGGGAUCCGGGCGACACCGGAGUCGACGUGCCCGGCGUCAAAGGGGACCAGGGCCUGCCGGGACUGAUGGGCCGCACCGGGAAACCGGGACCCGUGGGCGACAGCCGCCGAUGCAUUGAGCCUCAGGCAAAAAUACUUCUCGGUAAGACAGCAACCGUUGUCAAGCACUCGACAAGACAUGACUUUGUCCUUUUCUACUUCUCCAUUUAUUCACAUCUCAAAUCUACUUGUCGCCGCCUUCCAGAAUGA